AUGAGUCACGGCUUGAGCAUCGUUCGCAAACUAGUUGCUGGAUUUCGUAAAGCCGGUCUCAAGAAAGGUGAUUGCUUUGCCGUAACAUCCUUCAGCGAUAUCAUGUAUUCAAUGGUGUUCCUCGGCGGUGUAGCAGCGGGACGCGUGUUCUCUGGAACCAAUCCAGCUUACCGUGUCGCGGAAAUGCGACACCACAUUCGCACGACUGAAGUCAAGUUCUUCAUCGUCGAGCCAGAGCUUCUCGACGUUGUAAUCGAAGGCGCAACGCGUGAAGGCAUUCCCAAAGAUUGUAUCUUUGUCUUUAAUGUUCGCGGACAAAAGGUACCGUACGGCUUCAGAUCUUGGGAGUGGUUGCUACAGCACGGCGAAGAAGACUGGGAGCGCAUCACAGAUCUUGAGACCUUGAAGAGAACAGAUGUCGCCCGUCUUACUACAUCUGGUACUACUGGACUUCCCAAGACUGCAUGUCAGAGCCACUACAAUGCUACGUCAUUCCACACUGUGAUAGCCACUAAAUCUCAGGCUUCGAUCACUUGGGAGCCAAGGACCAUCUCGCCCUUGCCGAUGUUUCAUGUUGCCACGGUUCCAGCCGUUCAUGCUUCGCCAUUCCGUACGGGGCAUCCAAUCUGGAUCAUGCGCCGCUUCAAGCUUGAGCCUUUCCUCGCUGGCAUUGAAAAACAUCAAGUCACGAACCUUGCAGUGAUUCCGCCACUAGUCACUGCCAUCAUCAACAGCCCGCUAAGCAAGAAGUAUAGCCUGAAGAGUGUGAGGACAGCGGUUUCAGGUGUUGCACCGCUUGAUGCGGGCAGUCAGAGAGAAAUGAGAAAACUGCUGGCGCCAGGCGUAACCUUCACACAGCUCUGGGGAUUGACGGAGACUACUGGCGCAAUGACGCUUUUCCCCUACCCUGAGGAAGAUGAUACUGGAAGUGUGGGCAGACUGAUACCGAACACAGAUGUGAAGCUUGUGGAUGAAGAUGGCAAGGACAUCACGGCUUUCGAUGUACGUGGUGAGAUCUGCGUACGCGGUCCAACGGUAGUCCGUCAAUAUUACAGGAACUCUAAAGCAAAUGCCGAGACCUGGGAUGAAGAUGGCUAUUUACAUACUGGAGACAUCUUGUAUUGCGAUAGCAAAACUAAACUGUGGUACAUUGUUGACCGCAAGAAGGAACUCAUCAAAGUCCGCGGCUUUCAGGUCGCUCCGCCCGAGCUCGAAGCUGCACUUCUCCAAGCAAAAGACGACAUUGCCGAUGUAGCAGUGAUCGGCUUGAAAUCCCAACCUGACUCUGAUGCAGAGCGGCCCCGCGCUUACGUUGUGCGUAAGCCUGGCAGCGACAUCACGGAAGCAGGCGUCAAGCGAUUAAUCGAUGAUCACCUGGCGAGCUACAAGCAGUUGACAGGUGGCGUUGUUUUCCUUGACGAGAUACCAAGGAGCCCCACUGGUAAGAUUCUGAAGCGGGUAUUGAGAGAGUGGGCGGGCACGGAGGAGAAGGAGAAUGUUACGACCCGUCGGGCCCUGAUCCCGCUAUGA